UUUUAGACGUCAGUACAGUACAGUGGCGGCCAUGUUUCUGUGUUCCUGUAACUCUCAGAGUACAGAGCGGAGAAGUGUGCUCCAGACUCUCCAGCACUACAAGUCCCAGAAUCCCCGAAGACCUCUAGAUGACUACAAAUUCCAGCAGUCAUUGCUUCUUUCUUCUUACUGACAGACUGUGUGUUACUGGACCGGGAAUCCCCUGACUGAAAGGUCACAUCACCCUUCAUUCCGUUCUUACUGCCAAAAACAACCCCUGCAUAGUUAUAAUGGAGAAAGACGGAUGGGACGUGACUAAGAAGAUAUUAAACAUCACCCUGGAGAUCAUCUAUCUACUGACUGGAGAGCAUUACACAGAAGUAAAGAAGAUAUCUAGUGAUCUGAAAACUCCAUCUGUCUUGCAAGGAUGGAGUGGAAUGCAGAGCCCCAUCAUUGACAAUGAGCAGAAGAUAUUAGAGCUCACCAGGAAAAUCAUUGAGCUGCUGACAGGAGAGGUUCCUAUAAGAUAUCAGGAUGUUGCUGUCUAUCUCUCCAUGGAGGAGUGGGAAUAUUUAGAAGAGCACAAGGAUCUUUACAAGGACAUCAUGUUGGAAGAUACCCAGCCCUUCACAUUACCAGAUGAAGCUAAUGAAACCACUCCAGCAGAGAGAUGUCUCAGUACUCAAUGUUACCAAGACUGCCCAGAGGAUAUUCGCAAUGUCCCACAGGAACAUCAAGGAACAGAGGAUGAAGGUUUGAUUAAUAUUAAAGCUGAGGUAAGAAAACGAGAAGAGGAGACAUAUAUCAUCAGUGAUCACCUCUGUAAGGAGGAAGCGACUCCUACUUACAUCAAUAAGGAUGGCCACUACAGCAGCAUUGGUACAUGGGACACAUGUCUUGAUUUACCUCAAUACUGUAAAAUAGAAGAGAACAAUGUAGCAGAUUCACUAGAAUGUCCCAUCACUCAUCUAAAGCAACAAGAUCUGCCGUCAGUCUCUUCUAAUUCUGAGGAAUGUUCAAAUACGACAGACAUUCUUAAAUCCAGUGCAGUUAGAAGAAAUUAUAAAACCUUCCAGUGCACUGAAUGCUGCAAAACAUUCAGUCAGAAUGCUGACCUUAUCAGGCAUUCUAGAGUACACACGGGUGAGAGGCCAUUUUUAUGUACUGAGUGUGGGAAAUGUUUUACCCAGAAGUCCGCUCUUAUUUAUCACAAGAGAAUCCACACGGGAGAAAGACCUUUUCCAUGUUUUGACUGUGGCAAGUGUUUUGCUCAUAAAUCCAUUCUCAUCAAUCACCGUAGAGUUCACACGGGGGAGAAGCCAUUUUCAUGUGCUGAUUGUGGGAAAUGUUUUGCUUAUAAAUCCUACCUCAUUGACCACCAAAGAAUCCACACAGGAGUCAAGCCUCACCAUUGUAUUGAGUGCAGAAAAUGCUUCACUCACAAGUCAGAUCUUAAUAGACAUAGAAGAGUUCACACCGGAGAAAAGCCAUUUUUCUGUGCAGAAUGUGGGAGACAGUUUGCACAAAGAGCAAAUCUUGCCAUACACCAAAAAAUUCACCUACAGAAGCAAUUUCCAUGAAUUUAUUGAGGUGUCAUAGUCAAGUUAUUCCAUUACUGCAAUAUACAAAAUGUUGAUGACUGCAUCUCUUUUUGGGGAAUAUCCAGUUGCAAGAAAAAGUAUGUGAACCCUUUGGAAUUUUAUGGA